AUGGCUUCGAAGGUGGAAAAGGGCAGUUCAGCGUCUGAAUCAGCAAGUUCAUGGGUACCCGGAGUCCCAGACUGGUUUGUAAUGCAAAACAAACCUAGAGAAUUGCCUGUUCGAGGAGAUGUUGUAAACCUAGGCAGGAUGAUCAGGCCUCCUAUGGUGGCUCCAAAUAACUGGGUGCUGCUUAAACACCCAAAGACAAGGGAACCAGACAUGGUCCCAGUCAUCUCAAGAUCACAGAGAAGAAAAAUUCAGCGUAGGUACACCCAGUAUCAGAAAGAUCUGAAGGAAAGUGGAGGAAAUUCUUCACCAGUCAAAACGGAAGGAAGAAAGAACCCAAAGUCAGGCUAUGCUCCAAAGCCAGUUCCACAGAGCAAAGUGGUCUGCAGCCGAGAACAGUUGGUCAAGGUUCAUUCUGAACUGAAAACCAGAGAGAAGGCUAGUUUGGUAGGGUUGGAGAAAGCUUUGAUGGAGACAGAUAGCGAGACCGAAGAAGAAAUUAGCAUAAGCCAGAAGAAAGAGAUCGUGGAGGAAGAGAUGUUCGAAGCCUUCAUGGCUGAGCAAACGUUUCUAACUGAAGAGCCAGUUGAGAAAGAUCCUUCGAAGGGAUCAAUUAGCAAUGAAAUACCAGAAUGCAUCAUGCAGGAUGUUUCUGAGGGAGUCAACCAAAGUAACCAAGAGGGGGAACAAGAAUUCCAAGCUGAAGAUGAAAAUCAAGAGGGGCAGGAAGUUGAUCCAGUUCAGAUCUCUAGUGAAGACCUGCAAGCAAGCAUGGAAUUCCAAGCUGGAGAUGAAAAUCAAGAGGGGCAGGAAGCUGAUCCAGUUCAGAUCUCUAGUGAAGACUCGCAAGCAAGUAUGGUGCAAGAUAAUUUCGAAAUGGUUACCCCGAUGGAAGAUGAAUAUGAAAGUGAGGAAGUGAGGUUGUCCUUAGAGAUAACAAUGAUGCCUGGUUAUAGGCAAAGAGAGGAACCACAAGAAGCCAAGUCCUUGGCUUUGAUUAGAUUUUCAGCAUUGGACAUAAAAGCAAUAGUCCAGAAAGUUCAGGAGCAAGAAAGAGAGGCCAUGAUAAUUGGCUGCAAACAGCAGAAACAACAGACUAGAGUCUUGACUCUUGUGGUCUAUCCUUAUGUGCCCAUUGACCAACGACGUAGCUUGGAGGAGAACUUGCUUGUGGCUUGGUAUACAUCUUCUAUGCCUACGAAGAUAAUGCCUGCUAUCCGGCGCUCAGAAGAAGCACAAGGGUACAACCCAUCAUUCUUAGCCAAGAAGGCGAAGAUCUGCUCUUCUGACUGGCUUGCUUAUAUUAAUGCCUUUGUUCCUUCCGCUCCCGCGCCAUCUCCUAUAAUGGAAGCAUCCACACCUUCUUCUCCACUGUUUGAAGCAGAACCAUCCACUCCGUCUCCUCCUCCUACUUUGUCCUGGACGGAGAAACUAAGGCUUGCCCUUCCAAUGGACAAAGGGUUAUGUCCUCAACCCUCUUGCCCAAGCAGAGCUUCAUUUGUUUUUGGACCAACUUCCAGUGCUCCUUUAUUGGCAUCGGAAUUCCAUGGUCACCAUGCAAUCUUUAGACCAACUUUCGUCUCUGCGAAUUCAGGCCCAGUAUGA